UUGGCAGGAGAGCACCUGUACUACUCGGCGGUUGCUUCAAAAUAUUUUUGUUGUGGUAGGACUAGUCUAUGGGCUUCUUUGUUUGAAAUCUGUUGCAUUCCUGCAGGAAUCGCUAUGUCGUUUUCAAAAGCAAGUCUGAAACGAUUCAACGAGGUCAGAGUCUGUGCCCCACCUGUUGGUGCUUAUGACCCUAGAGAGCUGAAGUCUGCACAUGGUGGCGCCUUCGUGAAGUCAGACAGGUUCAACAUUGACAAAGAGUUUGGCCCCAGCCCUGCAGACUUCGACAUCAGUACAUGUAGCGUCAUCAGUGGCGCUGGCGUCAGCAUGUUGGCGGGGAACCAGCACGGCCCUGGGGUGUUCUCCAGCACCCCCAGGAAGAAAUCCUUGUCCCACGCUUCCAGCACAGAAUCACUGAAGGAGAGGAAGGGGAGAUCACUGGAGGAGGCUAUAAUGCAGAGUAAACUCAAGGAACUUGAGCGAGAGAUCAAGAAGCUUCUACAGGACAAGACAGAUCUCAACAAGCAGGUCGGCACCAAGGAGGAAGACAUGAAGAGGCUGGAGGGACGCCUGCAGCAUGCACAGUCCGACCGCACCGCCCUCAUUGCCAAGGUGGCCACGCUCGAGAAGGACAUCAAGGAUGUCAACAAGAGCAACUCCGUACUGAAGAAUAAGGUGACGGUGACGGAGGGAACUGUCAAGAAGAAAGAUGACAAAUUACAGGCAGAACUGACAGAUGCGAGGAAUAAGUUGGAGAAGAAAGACAAGGAGAUCAGUGGUCUGAAACACGACAUGGAGGAGGCCGUCUCCCUUCUGCUACGUGACCUUCGAGAGGUCACCUGCCUGGCAGACAAACUUAACAACAAGGUGUCCGAACUAGAACGAAGCUUUGAGGAUGAAAAAGAUCAAGAUUCCACAGAAAAUGCAAAAGAGCAAAGAUCGACGGCAGCAGGGAAGGGUGACCUUGACCUUCUGGGGAAGGUCAACAAGGCAAGAGAUGAUACUCAGAAAAUCAAGUUGUCGCUGCACGAGAUCCGUGGGACGGCGGAGCGGAAGGUGCGUGAGAUGAAGAUGCGGAUGCGGGAGAAGUACGAGGGUGCGGUGGAGAAGCUGGAGCAGCUGGCGGAGGACCUGCAGCGGAAGGACGACAACCUGGAGAGCUCAAAGAUCUGUAGUGAGGCCCUGCAGACCUACAGAGAUGCUCUGAAGUCCCAGAACAAAGGCCUGCAACUGGCGGUGACUCGUCUCCGCAUGGAACAGUGGGAGUGUGAAGACACCAUCAGGUCUCUCAAGGGUGAGAUUUUUGCACUGAGCGAUGAGAAAGAGAUUUAUGAACAACAGUCGUUCGAGUCGAAUGCAGAGCUGGCAACACACAUGGAGAAGAUAGAGCAGCUCGAGGAAAGAGAGGAGAUGAUGAACGUGAACAUCCGAAGUCUGACUGAGAAGUAUCAAAUGUUGGAGCAGACGUUGGCGGAGGAGCAGAGCCACCACAAGGCUGAGUACGAGAAAGCCGCUGCCGAGCUUCAGGUGACCAAAGCGAGUCUACAGGAGGUGAGAGUGGAGUGUGAGACAAGUCAGAAGACCAACAAGGAUCUCAUACAGUCACUGAACAAGGCCAAGGGUAACACAGAGAAUGUGACAGCUGAAUUAGACAAAUGCAAAUCCUCACUGCAGGAGAUUCAGGAGCUGGUUGAUUCUCAAGCAAGAGAUGUGAAGUCCAAAAAUGCUCUGCUUCACGAAACACAGGACAAAAUUGACAGCCUCACACAACAGGUUGCUUUAAAAUCAUCUCACAUAGAAACACUUCAGAGUCGGUUAUCUGAGACGGAGAGAUCCGAGUCAUCUGUGAGUUCACAGCUGUCGGAGGUCACGGGAUCACACAAGAAAACUGUUGAGCUCUAUCUGGAACGAAUCGAGAAACUGGAGGAGGAGAAGGCUGAACUGUUGGAGGCGAAGCACAGCCUCUUGAGUGAGGUGGACAAACUGAAAGCUGAGAAGCAGGAUCUUGAUGUUGACCUUGAGAUUAAGGAACAGCUGCUGGAACACUUAAAGAUGCAGCAUGAACGUGAUCUUGUGCGAGAAGGUGAGAAGCUGAGUGAGCUUGAGGAGAAGUACCGUGAGUCUGAGAGUGACGUCUGUGGGAAGGUUGAGCGACUGGAGCAACAGCUGCAGAUCAUGGCGGUGAAGAGUGAGGCUGAGGGGACAGCACGGGAGCGGACGCUGACACAGCUGGAGGAGACACUGGAGCAGGUGAAGGCCGAGAAGGUGGAGACGGUGGCACAGCUGACGGAGUACAAGCGGAACCUCAACAUGGUCACCGAGGAGCUCAACGCGGCGAUGGAGGAUGUAGCAAAGUUGGCUGCGGAGAAGGAGAGUGAGAGACAGCAGUAUGAGGAGAAGCUGGUUGUCUUGGGUCAGGAAGGAGAAAGAGAGAGGGGACAGUGGGACAGUGUGAGACAGGACCUCGUCCAGAAGCUAGAGGACAUGCAGCAGCAGGCCAACGAGCUGCAGGAGCUGGUCAACAGGAUAGAGACGGAGAAGGAGAUGGCAGAGCAUGCUCUGAAGGAGAAACUACGAGAUGCCAGGAAUUCACUGACCCAGGCCCAGUCCACGCUGCAGUCCAGUCGGGCGGAACUGACCACGGAGCUCCAGGACACCAGGAACACAUUACUGAAGACAGAGAAGGCACUUGGCAGCCUGAGGGCGGACAUGAUGGAGAAACAGGGGGAGCUGCAAGGCCACCUGGUGGAGGCUGAAAGGGAGGUAACCCAGUUGAGGGAGGUGAAGAACAGUCAGCAGCAGAGCCUCAAGAAGCUGGAGGCUGAGAAGGAGGCUCUUAGGGAGGAGAGAGACAGGCUGUCGUCGGAGAACCUGUUCGACACCGCCUGCACCAGUGAGAGGUUUGCUGCCCUGGAGGAGAAGACGAGCAACGAACGCAAACUGUUUGAGGAGUUCAAGUCUGACCUGGCAUCUCAGCUGGCAGAAGCUCAGGCUGAAAACACUGCACUUUCAAAGACGUUUGACACGUACAAGACGACCACGGAGGCAGACCUGAGUUCCCUGAAGGGGGCUGUGAAGGAGGGGGAGAAGACAAAGACUGUUGUCGCUGACCUACAGGUGCAGGUGGAGUUGCUUCAGACGGAGAAGUCGAAACUCUUGGAAGAUGUAGAAAGCAUCAGGCUGUCGUCAACGCAGGCGGUGGGCGAGGUGCGGAGUCAGUUGGUGAUGGCAGAGAGUGAGGUGGCCCAGCUGUUGGUUGUCAAACUGGAACAGGAGCGGAGAGUGGCAUCGCUACAGCAACAGCAGCAGGCUGUCAGUGAGGAGCGAGACAGGUGCUUGUCAGAGUACAACACGCUGGCUCAGGAGGUGGAGCAGAUGCAGGACCAGCAUCAGCAGCAGGUGGAAGUGCUGAGACAGCAGUUUGAGGAGCAGGCUGCAACAGCUGAUGUUGAUGCUCUCACACAAGAAAUACACAAGUGGCAGACCCUGUACCAGGAGCUCCAGGAGAAGGUGGCGCCCUUCAUGGAUCAGAUAGAUGCCUUUGAGGCAGAGAGGCAGUAUUUACUGGGUUGUAGUGCUAAUGCGCAGGCAGAGAUCAACAAGCUGAGUACCGAGUAUGCUCGACUACUCGGACACCAGAAUCAAAAACAGAAGAUUAAACACAUUGUCAGGAUCAAGGAGGAAAACAACACGCUCAAAAAGGAGGUGAUGCAGUUGCGAGAGCAGGCCCGCAAACAAAAGAGGCAGCUGGAUCGGCGGAGCGAAGACCGACUCUCCCAGUCACAGUGCCGCACCAAGUUCGACCCCUCCAAAGCCUUCCAGCACACUAAGGAGAACAAAACCCCGGCCAUGAGUCCGCUAAAAUCAGGAAACAGACUGUAAGCAGAAGAUCCAGACCCUCAUUCCUCAAUGAGAACUGUGUUAUAGAUGGGACUUGUGAAUGUUUGGGUGCUGGCAUUGAUUCAAGGAAUGAGGCAAGGAUUGAUGGAGCAGUGAGCCUGUGCUACAAGGGUAUCAUCUCAGGGAUGUCUGUUCGUCUUACAAUGUAUAGAAGGGAAGUAACUCUGUAGGAGCCUGACGUGUAAAGUUUGAUGAUAAUGGUACAGAGACGGAUAGUUCUAACGACAUUGAUAAGAAAACAAGUUGUUGUUUUUUACUUGAAAUAACUUGUCUGCUCAUAGAAGUGAAUUCUCUGCUCUGCAUGAAUUCAUACCACUGAAACUAGAUCUGUAACACUGAUCGUACAUGAACAAAACAAAUCCCCCGAUGUGCUACGCUUGUGUGUGUUCAUCAGUGUGCUUCCCUAACUGUAUGUGUCGUAAUUACUAUCACUGAUUUUAUGUUGAUUGCAUUAAACUACAUCAACUAUACUCAGUAUUAUCAACUUGCUUUUAGGGAUUCAAACUAAUUUUGUUUUUUAUCUGUUUUUGUUUUUAUUGUUCAUCGCUGUCUUUGUCUUGUAAUGUUUCGGACUCAAUUGUUUUCUCCAAGGUAUACAACUCAAAAGCAGUUAAAGAACAUCCAAUUUAUUCAUAUGAUUAUAGUCAAUCUGUCAUGUCAUGCGAUGACAAAUUGACUAUAUUCAUAUGACAAAUUUGGGUGUUGUUUAACUUCUUCUGAGUAGUAUACCUUGAAGAUUACUAUAGUUGUAUUGAAAGAUCGGGUGUUGUUUAACUUCUUAUGAGUAGCAUAUAUGAAAUGGAGAUUUCCUAAAUGUGGUGAUCGUAUCGCUGAAGCAUGGCUCAAUGUUAGAUAUCAUCUUGGCUGUUUGUAAGAUCAUGCAUGAUGUCACUUGUCUGGGCGUUGUGGAUCCCGGCGCUUACUGAACUGCUCAAUACAGUAUAAGCCUGACACAUAUACAUGUAUAUAGGUGGUGAAUAAUCGAAUAAACGAAGGCAUCUUUGGUCCAGAGAUUGUUCCUUGUUACAUAAGCAUCUGUGUUAUGCUUUUGAAGUGUGUGGAGUAUGUCUACACUCUCAUCGUCCUUCCACCAAUGAGGAAGCUGCAAGCACAAUAUAUGGAGGCAUGAUUAUAUUUAUAUAUAGACUUUGAUAUGAUAUAGCUGAUAUUCCCUGGCAUGUAAUUAUCGUAACAUCUUACUGUGGUUCAUCAAUGGUCUUUCAUCUGACUUAUCUAUCCUGUCUUCAUCUUCUGGUUUGUGACAAAUGUGUUCGAGUUGGCCAUCAUGUAAAGUAUUUGUUAUUUUAGCCAAAACAAAACACCAACCUCCAAACCUCAUCAGCAUUCCCGAUCAUUCUGCAACUACUUACAACCAAUGUCAACUGAAAGCUGAUGUGAGGGAUAAAACAUGUUAUCUGACUCCUAUAAAACCUAAUGAGGGACGAAUAAAACCCCAUGUAGCCCUUGUGAUCCUGCUACAGCGAAUUUAUCCUACUGACAUGUUUUAAGAUGACUUUGUAAAAGAAUUCAAACAAAUUCAAAAUUGAUAGAAAACAGCUUUUCGAUUGAGCUGAGGUUAGAUUGUGCCAUGUCACAUGACCUCCAUUGGCUCGGAAAAAGGAAAAAGCGGUGGCUUUUUGCUUUGAAGUGGGGUAUAAGGGAUUUAUUCUGUCUCUCAGAUAUGCAUGUGCAGCCUGUAUUGCUCAUAGCGGGGUAUAAGAGAUAUAUUCCCCCACCGAUAAAUUUAUUCCUCUCCAAGGCAGGUUACGCAGUAUUUUAUCAAGUAUAUGAUAUACAUUUUGCAUUUUGCGUUUUCAAUCCAUAACGUGAUAAACUGAAAAUAUUCUGACAUUGCUGAUCUAUCUGUACAUAUUAACAAUAUCGUUCAGUCAGGAAAGUCUGACAUAAGUGGAAAUUGGGUUGUUUGGUUUAUCAUUUUGUUGACAUGUGUGUAAAGGUCUAGUUCUUAUCAAGCCAAACAUACCCUAAUACGACGUGUUUAAACAAGUGCCACUGUUGUCAAUUAUAGGAUGGAAACAUGUUUUUUUGGUUUGAUGGGCCAAUUUGGCUGUCCUCGUACAUGAAAACCUUCUCUUUGUCUUGUUCAUUGUUGUGUUCCCCAGUUUGUGCUCAUGUCAUUGUUACUUGGCUCGUUCACCUCACACUCAUGUACAAAUAUUGAUACAUGUACCAUCAAGUUGUUACUCCGCUCGUUCACCUCAUGCUCUCAUGUACAAAUUUUGAUACCAUCAAUUAUAAGUAUAAAAAGUGUUACUCAGAUUAUGCAAGAGUAUUAUGACGUGGUAUUUAUUGUUUUUAUACCGUAUUUCAUUUAUCAUGUUUACUUAUUGGAUGACUGUCAUAAAGUACACUUAUAGCCGUCAUUUUAAUUUUGUAAUUCCAUUUAAAUAUACAACAGUAAUUUAAAGAAAGUAUUUUUCUUAAAUGUGAAUGUCAUUAUUUUGUCAAAAGAAACAAGAGACCGUUAUGAGAGCAUAUUUGCAGAAACUCAUGAAGUUCAUCAAAGAAGGUUAAUUUGACUUCAAAUUUGUACCAUUCACAGACAAAUUAAUGCCACAUGUGUUGUUCCUGAAAGUCAAACAUGCUUUCACAACAAAAUCAUAUAAAAGUAUUCGAUGUAACAAUGCUUCUUUGAAGUUGAACAAGUGAAAUAAAUUUUUAUUUACCUUA